UAAGAGGAGAAGAAGUCUCAAAGUCCACCAGGGAAGGAAAACAACUAAGAAAGCCUCUUAAUUAUACAUCUUAGAGAGCAAUUUUCGGCACACUCACAGUUAUGGAUAGAGUAAGGGAGUUGGCAUCAAAGAAAGCAGCAGUUAUAUUUACAAAGAGUUCGUGUUACAUGUGCCACAGCAUCACGCAACUGUUCUAUGAGCUUGGAGCAAGCCCUGCGGUGCAUGAGCUAGACAAGGAUGCAUAUGGGAGGGAAAUGGAAUGGGCCUUGAGGAGUAUGGGGUGUAACCCUUCAGUGCCAGCAGUGUUCAUUGGUGGGAAAUUUGUAGGAUCAUCAAAGGAUGUCAUAUCCCUCCAUGUUGAUGGCUCUCUCAAACAAAUGCUCAUGGAUGCAAAGGCCAUCUGGUUUUAGCACCAACCACAACAACAAUAACUAAGAACUAGCUAAGCUCUGUAGCUGUAAAAUGGAGGAGCUAACUAGCUCUUACACAAUUAAUGUUUUAAGUCAGGGACACCCCUUCUUUUUCUUGAGUGUCCUCUUUAUGAUCUUGUACUAUUGUCUAUAGCUAAUGCCUAGCUACCAUGUUAUAUCACCGAACUUGAUCUUGCAGUCGAAAAUUCACUGCUUUACUUUAGUUAAUGCAACUUUCAACUUUCUGGGCUUUA